CUCUUUAAUAGGCGAGUGUGUGAGUUAGCUGGACACUCCAUCAUCGUAAACGAUCCGAGGGGCCAUUUCGGCAGUUUAUAGACCAUCGGGUGACCAGUGAAAGACUCGCGAACUCAGUGACUGGCGUGUGAGACACUCGAUACGGAACCUCUGAGACUCCUGCGGCUCAGGUGUACCCUCCUGCUCCAUCGGGCACCAGGAAUCUCCGGACCCCUGACCCUGCCGAGGGGUGAGUCCCGUCGGAACGAACGGCUGACCCUCUCCACUAGACCGUUGGGUGUCAUGUGCUCGGCUGAAGCGGGCAUGUCUGUCGAGGUGGGACAGGAGUCGCUGGCGGCUCCGUCACGACUGGGCAGUCCCCCUGCCCAGCUCAGCAGCGGCAGCAGCAGUAGUAGCAGCAGCAGUCCGGUCCAGCCGCCGCCAGCGGAGGUCAGCACAAACCGACACAGCAUCGCAGCGAUACUUGGACUGAGCCAGCGGCUGCAGCCCCGCCAGUCACCAGGCGCCUCCGAUGAAUCGCCGCGCAGCGUCGAGCGCGACGACCCGGACUCACUGAAGGGCUCCGACGACGCCAAGUCGAAGAAGCACCGUCGCAACCGGACCACUUUCACCACUUACCAGCUGCACGAGCUGGAGCGGGCCUUCGAGAAGUCCCACUACCCGGAUGUCUAUAGCCGGGAGGAGCUGGCCAUCAAGGUCAACCUGCCAGAGGUCAGAGUGCAGGUGUGGUUCCAGAACCGCCGCGCCAAGUGGCGGCGCCAGGAGAAGAUGGAGGCGUCCCAGCUGCGGCUGCAGCAGGACUUCCCGCUGUCGCCGCCGCUGUCCGGUCUGACGGCGCCGCUCGACCCGUGGAUCGCCACCUCCAUGUUCGGCCCCAGCCUGAUGCAGACGCUGCCCGGCUUCCUCGCGCAGCCACAGACGCCCUACCCGAGCUACCUAACGCCGCCCAGCUCUCUGACACCACCGCUCGGCCGGCAGACGCACGGGGAGCGCGCACCACCGGCCGCCGCCGCCGGCUCUCACCGGCGCACCAGCCCGUCCCCCUAGACACGGACUGGGGCGAGCCCCGACGAGGGAGCAGCAACCCAGAGCCGACCCGAGAACCAGGCUCGCCGGACCCCGGGCCGAAGAUCGAGCAGUCGAAUGUGAUUUUUUGGCGGAGGCUCGACAAGUUGUUGGGCAAUUUGUGCCGUUCCGUGUACGAUAGAUGUUGUUUUUCGGUUAUUGAAGGGCUCAAGGUAAAGGUCUUGCUACCCAGUUGCGGUGGCAACGGAUGCCGGGGGCGUGAUUGUAUGUAAUUUCGAGGAUUGGCUGCUUCUAUCCAGCGUACUACUAAGCAUUUGCUCACCUUAUAAAGCGCUCUGGAUUUGGUGCAGUGAGUGUAGCAUCUUGAGAGUUGCUUUGCCAGUCAAGUAAAUUAGAUGACCUCAAACUUCAAACAUACAUUUCCAAUCUUCAAGAACAUUUCCAAAAGUGAACAAAGUAAGAGAUAUUGAUUACUGAGACACGUCUGAACCGCCUUUGCAAACUUGUGAGAUGCCUGGUCAGUGCGUAACGGCUCUUGGUUCCCAGAUUAUAAUGGCAAAAUUGUUACCUAUCCAGAUCUGACAUAAUCGCUUUACAGUCAUCGAAAAAAAUUGUUACCUAUCCAGAUCUGACAAUUGACAUAAUCGCUUUACAGUCAUCGAAUGUUUCACUCACGGUUGCUGCCAAGUGAGUGAGUGAGUACAUCUCGCUAGUUAUAGCUGAAAUGCUACAUGGCGCGUUUGACGGCCUAUCUAUCGACAUAUUAAUCGAUAGACAUGAUGGUAAACAACAUGUAUGUAAUGUGUUAAUGCCUCAUUGUAACUUUUCUAGGUCUGCUACUUUGCGUUUGAAAAUACAUGUGUAAAGUGCAUACUGAACUACAAACGUUCCAUUUUCAGUCAUGAGGUAUUGCUCAGCUUGUACUAUUUAUCGAACGAAAGAGAAAACAGAAGUACAUAACUGGUGCGAUUUUUGUCAUUUUAAUUUGCGAGUUUGUGAUAUUCUUGUCUUUGUUACUGUGUUGUGACAUUGUGAACAGGAACUUGUUAUUGCCCUGUGCGACUUUGUCGAUUGUAAAUACCACUGAAGAAUAAUAUAUGGUAUUAGCUGUUGAAA